UAGGAUUCCUUUGGUCUUGUACGCAUUCGCGCACGCACACGCGUCAGUGUGUCAUCGGCCUUAGCCAGUUGGAAGGACAAAAACAGAGAAAAACAAAAUAGAAGCAUCAAUCCAAACUUAUUCAAUCAAGUGUUCAAGUAUUUUGCGAUUUUAAUCAAGUUAUACGUGAUCUCGUAGGUACAGACCUUAUUUUUAAGAAAAUAGACGAAAAAUGACAUCCAGAGAAAUCAAGGAGGAAUUUACGGAGGUGGAAUCAGCUAAUGAUAACCCUCAUACAAUUUGUCGACUAUGUAUGAGCGAAGAGUUGCUUGAAGAUGUAUUCAAGGAAAACGGGGUCUGUCAAUGGAUUUCGUAUUAUUUGUCGAUUAUGAUAUCCACCGAUGACGUCUUGAGUCAUGUAAUUUGUACGAUUUGUCGAAUAAGGUUGGUUGAAUUUCAUCAGUUCCGAUUGCGUUGCCAGGAAGUGCAGACCGUACUGAAAGCUAAGCUCCCUAAAGAAGCUGCUAAGGGUUUAAAAGCAAGGAGAGAUAAACCAAGCAUAGCAUCUACCCAGUGUUUCAUAUGUAAGAAACAGUUCAACGACAAAAAAGCGUUAUGGAAUCACCGCAGGAUGCACAAACCUAAGAAACAUAUGUGCACAAGUUGUGACAAAUCCUUUGCCUUACGCUCAGCCCUGAUACGCCAUAUGCAGACUCAUGAGAACGAAAGGUUUAGGAAGCAAAUGGAAAUCUGGAAUAGUCUGGCAAAUACGGCAAACGAAUCCGAUCCUCUUCGAUGCAAAAUAUGUCAGAUAAAGUUUUUGACCGAGCAGAAAUAUAUUAUCCACCAGAAGCACGUACAUGGACCAAACAGACAUGUUUGUGAUGUCUGUAAUUUUAAAUGUUCGAUGAAAUGCGAUCUAUAUUCCCAUUUUCGAACUACUGCACACUUGAGAAAAAUUGGAAAAUUACCGAGUACUGAUACUCAAGUUACGACACCUGACAUGAACAUCAGAUCUAUUGGUUCAACACGUGUUCAAGAGAUACAAGAAAUGUGUGAAGACAGCGAUUUAAGAAGUAUUAUCGGAAGACCACAUAGCCAGAACGGAGAUGAUGACCAGAGUGCAGUUGAAGAAACAUCUUUUUCUUCAUGAUUUGGAACAAGAUACUGUGAAUAUGUUUCAUUGCGAAAUAUGCCAAAGGACAUUCGACAGCAAACGUAAACUGACAGAACACAAGAAACAUAUGCAUAAAG